AUGCGCGCGACACCCGUCUUUCUUCGCAUCGACACGGACCAAGAGCGCGCGUCGCACCUUCUCUAUGAGAUUCCAAUAGCUACAACAGACUUAGGGUCCCUCUGUGUUAUCAUCGAAGGUAUUCAACGAGUUUUCUUUAGUGUUCAGAGAUCGGGGACGACUUUACCUUCACAGUUCUUAAGACUUGAAGCGUUUGGGAUUACUGAAACGGAGAAAGGUGUAACUAUUUGCCUCAUCACUCCGCGAGCUACUGUUCUGAAUAAUUAUAUCUCGGGGGGCUCUGUAGGCAUCGACGAAAUCAUGUUCUUCUCGAACGACAUAGGUCGCAUAGUCUCCGGGAUCAGUUCACUUGGGAUGACUGGUGUUGUUCUCUAUGAGGAUUUAUAUGUGCGCAAAGACCCGUCGUCGCACGUCCCAACGCUUUGUGUGUCUCCUGUAGUAUUCAUCUUACCCCUCCUCUUACAACAAAUGGCAUUGACUGGGACACAGUCGAUAGCGCCAGAGGUCUAUAAUGGUAUUGCAGAUAGUCGAAUACUCAGUUGGAGCAUUGGAGUCGUGAUGUAUCGAAUCAUUAAAGGCAACUUGCCAUAUAAGAAGUACAUUGGGUGGCAAGCGGUCGAUGUCUCUGACAUCCCAAAUGAUUUAGUUCGCGACGCUGUCGGUCGCUUACUUGAGAUCUCCGACAGAAGAGUGUUUCCUGAGAAUAUCAAUGAAGUUGAGCUGUUUAGAAUAUCCAACGGGUGGAAGAUGUUCCGGAGUGGGGAUGUCCGCAGAUACGUCAAAAGUAUUGAAAUCUCACAGUCAAAAGAGAAAGAGCAGAUCUAUGGAGGACAAAAUGCGGAAGGGUUGAAUGUAGUUAUUUGGGAAGCUAAAAGCACUGAGUUGAUUAAUAUAGUCAAAGAAGCGCGAGUUCUUCGACUUUGUGAGUCGAUUCAUAUCUCCAAUGUUAUAGAUGUGUGUGUCGACAACGAUAAAGUCUAUUUAGUGACUGAAGGAAGUAAUUGUGGAACGUUAGAGAACUAUGUUGAGUACCGUCGAAAGACUUCCGGACUCUCGAAAGACGAGAUCGAGUACUUUAGUAGAGAGAUCAUUAAAGCAGUGAAAUACUUGCGCUUUGAGAAAGGUGUUAUUGUUCAGGACCUUCGGUUAUCAGACUUCUUACUCACCGCUAACCCCGGAGGAAUUCCUUUUGUUAAAAUGGCACGGUGUCGAUCAUGCCGAAAUGCAAGAGAAUGUGAAGGACGUGAAAGAAGUGACUUAAAAGUCCUUGGAGAAGUCCUUCGCGAGAUCACAGGAGAGAAUAAGAUGGAGAUCACGAACAACGGCGGGAUAGUCUUUGAAAACAAAGUCGUGGAAGGACUUCGUGAAGUCGUUCAACUCAUCGCUAUCAAAGAAGAAGUCGACUGGGACUAUUUCUUGAAAGAUCCGUUUGUGGGGGCACUCACUGCAGCACCCGAUAUAUUACUCGGAUGCGAAGAAAAGAUCGAUACAUCGGGAUGCCUUGGCUCACUUGGAAUUGGAAACCAAUGUGGACUUGGAUGCACCAAAAACACUAUCGACGUUGAGAUGAAAAAUGUUGUAUUUAACGCACUUGGAAGAGCUAUCUACUAA